GUACAUUUUAUUAAACAUGUCUUCUCGUCAAAACAAUCCUGCAAACUUUGCUAACCGUCCCAAGGACGAAGUUCAAGCCAUUGGUUCCAAAGGCGGAAGAUCUCGUGGUGGCACUGGUGGUGGUGGUCGAACUGAUGUCGCUGACAUUGGUGACUAUGAUCAAAACGAAGAUCUUGCCUAUGAAGAACAGUCUGGUGAUGUUAACUACGAAGAAGAAGGCACCGGUGGUGGUACCAGAAGUGGCAAAUCAAAGCGUGGUUUUGCUAGUAUGGACCCUCAAAAACAACAUGAAAUCGCUUCCAAGGGAGGCAAAGCCUCUGGUCAAAGCCGUAGUUCAGGCAAAGCUGAAGAUGAGUUAUCUUAAGCAUUAUUUCACUUUUUUUUUG